AUGUCUUCAAAUCUUAGCUCCCCCAGCUCUCUAUCAGUCACUCCUUUGGAUUUCCAACCGGCGGUACUCCAGACUCCUCCCUACGCUCAUAACGCUUCGCCAUCUGGAUCAAGUCGAGAUGGAGAUCCACCACCCACGCCGCAAGAUGAUUUAUAUUUACAAAAUGCGACCGGCCUGAACCGGUUGGAGGUAAUCUCGCCUCGGCCUGUUGCAAAUCAUCAGCUUAAAUUCUCUCAUUCAUUACUGCAAACUCCGCCUGGAACGAAACCUCAACGCCAAGAUGGUUACUUCACGGCUCGAGCCGGCUCGUCACCCCGAUCAACGCAGAAACAAACAAGUCCGGCGUCUGAUGAUUUGAAUAAAUCUACAAAUGGUCGUUUGAGUCCAAUUCUGUCCUCUGGAGGAUCAUCUUGCCAUUCAUGCGACUCAGGAAAUAGUCCGGUCGACCCUCAACGCCUGUCUCCUCCGCCGAUGAGCAACCAUGAUUCAUGCCCUCCAUACAAACCUAGAUCAAGGAGCUCAGUGAGCCUGACUAUGAUGCCGAGACUCAAUCGCUCGCGGACGAUGCCACUACCUGGAUCGCUGGAAAAUAUUGAGGAUGAAGGCGAGAGACGAAGGCAUCGUCAUAGAAGGCAUCGCGCCAGAGAACGAUUGAAGCAAAUCAAGGCAUUUAUGGCUGGUUCUACAAUUUCUCGCAGUAGUCAGAACAGUUACGACGCAUGGCGCAAAGAGAUUGAAAGUUCAACCUUCUUCGACCAGAAGACCGCCUCAAAACCAAGAAGGUGGAGCUCAUUUCACUUAAAACGCAUUGACAAACAGUCUUUACCAAUGAUCUCGGAGGUUUUGACUACUGGAACGGCUGCUCUCGCCGAUGCAAAAGUCAAGAAAGAAGAGGUUGCCAUCUCUCUGGAAACCGAUCGCAAACUCAGCUUAACUAUCGUGGACGACUUGGUCGGUACUAUUCGCCAAAUGAUGACGAUGCGAAAGGUCAUAUCAACCCGCGUUGAGCCAUUGGAACCACCAGCAUCAAUCACUUUGAGAAGAGCAAGUACUCCACAAACAACUACUUCUUCGAGAAGUUCAGUCGACCGAAGCACACCACUAUCAAACAUUGAAUGCAAAGAUAAGGAUAAGGCUGGCGUUAAGCACAAUUGCCCUGGGAGCUUAUACCAAAGGCGUGCUUCAGGUACAUACCUCAUCACGAACGAGGACAUAGAAGCAAUUACAAAACUCGUGGAUAAACAGAUACAGAGACGGAAAUCUGUGGACCCCACUGCUCACACCGGUCCGCCCAUCAUUACGACAUCAACACCUGCAGGGAGUACGAUUGAAACUUCUCAUGAUGAUUUUACGACCCCCAAGAAAACCCAUCAGCGGCGACGUUCUAGCUGGUCCAGGAGAAAGUCCGUACGCAAACCCAAAGGGACAGAAGAUUAUCUUCAGACUGGUUAUUCAGCCCGAACGUCGCAGGCCUCCCCGAGACAUAGCCUUCAUCAAGUAAUGUUCACCCAUGACAGCAGUGGUAACUCUGAUGAUGAGAUGCCUGCGCAAUUUGACUUUCUUCAUAAAGGCUUUUCACCCCCAAAGACUCCAACCGAGAGAUCGCGCAACAACUCACAAAAGAGCAUGCAUGAAGUGAUUUGGAAACCUCCAAACUCACAAGCAGGAUCGCCACUGAGAAAUUGUAAGUUGCCCGAGACAAGUUAUUUCACGUCAGAACCUGUCACUCCAUUACCAACGCCAGCCGCUGCAAGUAAAGAGCAAGAAAUUGAGAAUUAUCUCGAGGCGGUCACUCGAACGCCUUCGUUCUUCCCGGGCUUACAGGAGUGGCCGCCAACAGCUGCCUCGACACUAGUACCAGCCUUAGGGGAUUCCUCGAUUCUCGAAACCAAGAAGUCACCCCUCGAGAAGUUAAACAAAAGUGAUUCAGAACCUGCUCGAGACCCUUUGAGAAGCGCAAAACAAAAGAAACAAUCAGCUAUGGAUGCACGACGGCGACCUCGACUCACUGUCUCUGAGACACGCCUAUCAGAACUUGCCGAUGUCAUAUCAUUUCCACCUUUGCCUCCAAGGAAAACGACCAAUGACUGGCAUACACCUCUCCCUGCAAUCGAAAUGGCGCCCAAACCUCAUGGAAAACAUCUUUACGAUUUAGGGCUGGAUAUACAUUGCGGGCACUCUGGAGUCUCUUCUACGGCACUCACUCCAAGACAGCUUUCAUAUGCACGGUACAUUCAACAAGAAACGGAGGAAGCGCCGCGGAAGAUCAUUCGAUCGGAGACUCUGCCACUAAUCGAGUUCAAGGGAGCAAUUCAAAUUCAACCGAAGGCUCCUUCCCGAACUUCGGUGUCUCCAGAGAUUGGUCAUUCCAUAGAUACAUGUCCAGCUAACCGAAAAACCAGUUCAGCUGAUGUUAUGAGAUGCGUGACAACCGUGGACAAUGCCAGAAAGUCACAAAAGACCAGUACUUGGAUCAAGGUACGGCCACCAUCUGUAUGUCCAUCGCCACAGCCGCCUACCCCAACGGAGCUGAGAUGUGACCUGAAAAUCGAGAUACCUUCAAAUCAUACCUCAAAAGCAGAUAGCUUUAGCCCCGAGUCUGUGGAUCGUAAAGCCGCUCGUCUAGCGAUCAUUCAGCAGAAAAUGCCACAAACUCCUGAAGUCGAUAGAGUGGGAAUUUAUGGAAGGUUUACGGGGACUGGAAGCAGAAAUUCUGGCGGGUUGAGAGUUUGUCCUGGAGCUUGUGAGGUAGCAGAGUGUCACCACUGUUCUGUAGACACGAGGGAUCCUAGCGUGGAUUGGAUCUCGUGA